AUGUUCCAGAAAAACAGUUCUUUUCUGUUACUUCGAGGAAGAGAUCGUUAACGAUMAAAUGGAAGCCUGCUGUACAAUUAGAYAACGUGGGCAUCAUUAUUGGGUACACAAUCAAGUUGGAUGGCAAAGAAACACAGGUGCGAUCUAACCAGAAGCAGCAUAUAUUUACUGGACUUAAACCAUACACUAACUACACACUUCAAAUGAAAGCAACCAGUGUAGUUGGUGAGGGUUUGUGGAGCGACGCUAAAACUGUAACUACAUUGAUAGCAAAACCAGAAGCAAAACCAAGCGUAUCUGCAACGACAACAUCAUCAAAAAGCAUUGUCGUAACAUGGCAGCUGUUUGCUUCGUCCAAAGUCAACGGACCUAUGGCUGGUUUUAGAAUUACAUUCACCGAUGCCCUAGGAAACACAAACACAAAACAAGUUCCAAACAUCAGAAGAACCGUACUGACCAACUUGAAGAAGUGGACGACAUACAAUAUAACUGUGUCAAUUUGGAAUUCAAGAUAUUAUGGUCCAGAAAGCAACAUUGUAUCUGAAAGAACACUUGAGGAUGCCCCUGAUUGUUCUCCCAAACUGAAAUCAGCUGAGCCCUUGUCUUCCACAAGUAUACGAGUGGCAUGGGACCCACUUCCAAAUAUCAAUUGCAGGAAUGGAAUUCUGAGAUUCUACAAAGUCUUAUAUAGCAGACAUGGUGUCCGUAAUGCACAAAUAGCCUAUACUGCCAAUGAUGUCCAUUCAAUGGUAAUAAUAAACCUCCAGAAGUAUACAACAUACAUUUUCUCAGUAGUCGCUGGUACUGUGAAAGACAGUGAGCCAAGUAACGCAAUAAGCAGAAGGACAAAACAAGAUGCCCCCGAUUGCCCUCCAAAACUUAAAUCAGUCGAUGCCCUGUCUUCGACAAGUAUCCGAGUGACAUGGGACCCACCGCCAAAUACCACUUGCAGGAAUGGAAUUCUGAGAGGCUACAAAGUCUUAUGCAGGAGGCCUGGUGCCCGUAGUUCACAAAUGGACUUUACUGGUGCUGAUGUCAAUUCAAUGGUGAUAAAGGGUCUUCAGAAGUAUACAACAUACGUGUUUUCAGUAGUCGCAUAUACUGUCAAAGACAGUGAGCCAAGUAACACAAUAAGCAGAAGGACAAAGCAAGAUGCCCCCGAUUGCCCUCCAAACCUUAAAUCAGUCAAGGCCCUUUCUUCGACGAGUAUCCGAUUGACAUGGGACCCACCGCCAAAUACCACUUGCAGGAAUGGAAUUCUGAGAGGCUACAAAGUCUUAUACAGGAGSCCUGGUGCCCGUAGUUCACAAAUGGACGUUACUGGUGCUGAUGUCAAUUCAAUGGUGAUGAAGGGUCUUCAGAAGUAUACAACAUACGUGUUUUCAGUAGUCGCAUAUACUGUAAAAAACAGUAAGCCAAGUAAUGCAAUAAGCAGCAGGACACUUCAAGAUGGCCCCGAUUGCGCUCCAAAGCUGAAAUCAGUCAAGGCCAUGUCCUCCACAAGUAUCCAGGUGACAUGGGACCCACUUCCAAAUACCACUUGCAGGAAUGGAAUUCUGAAAGGCUACAAAAUCUUAUACAGGAUAUAUGGCUUCCGUAAUACAACAAUCGCCAAUAUUGGUCCCGACGUCCAUUCAAUGGUGAUAAGAGAUCUUCAUAAGUAUACAACGUACAUAAUCAACGUUGUUGCAUAUACUAUCAAAGACAGUAAACCAAGUAACGCGAUAAAUAGAAGGACACUUCAAGAUGCUCCCUCUGUACCCCUUAACGACAAAGCGAAGCUUAUCCAACACGAUGACAAGUUUCGUAUACCACGCUUGCAAGUCACGUGGGAUAAACCAUCACAUGAUAAUGGCAUCAUCACAAGAUACACACUUGUGUAUCGCUAUGAUAACGAUACAUCCAAUCAUGUGAAUAUAACUGAUAUAUCGUCGAUGGUAUAUACACUGGAUGUACUUGGUCAAGCAAGGUUUUGGUUUAAGAUUAGUGCGAGUACGAUCAAAGAAGGACCCUAUACUACUAUUAAUAGCCUUUGGAUCCCUGCCUACGUUCCGCAUGUAGCGCCGCAAGGUAUGAAAGUGACAAAGAAAAACGAAACGACCUUCAUAAUCGCCUGGAAACCGUUACGCAGGAACGAGGCCAAUGGCAUCAUAACGAAGUACAAAAUUUCUUGGAUUUUAAGACAMAUAGGACGAGCUAAAAGAAUGGCAGUUCGAGAAUUCUUCACUGGAACWGCACAGGGAAACCAAUUUGUUCUACACAAUCUAAGACGUUGUGCGCAGUAUGAAGUUCGUGUAGCAGCUGCAACGGUUGCAGGAUUGGGUCCAAAUGCUACUUGCAAUAUUACAACAUCAACCCCCGAUUAUCCUCCAAACCUAAAAUCAGUCAAGGCCCUGUCUUCGUCAAGUAUGCGAGUGACAUGGGACCCACUGCCAAAUACCACAUGCAGAUAUGGAAUUCUGAGAGGCUACAAAGUCUUAUACAGGAGGCCUGGUAACCGUUAUUGGCAUACGUACAAUGUCGGUUAUGACGUCAAUUCAAUAGAGAUAAGAAAUCUCAAGGAUUUUACAACGUACAUCUUCUCGGUUGUUGCAUAUACURUUAAAGACAGCAAGCCAAGUAACGCAAUCAGAAAGACGACAUUACAAGAUGGUAUGAUUGUAUGA